AUGAUGCUCUUGGGCUACCUGCAACAUCGUCGAGCUUGCCAGUUCAAGCAAGAAGAACGGAGAUCGCGCAUCAAGAGACUAGCAUCAUACCAUGCUCCUUUCACUGUCUUGGAUCGAGAGAUUGUGAACAAGCCCAUUGAAGAACUAGUCCAAGCUGUCCAAAAAGACUCAAGUAAGGCCUCGGAUAUUCUUCAUACAUAUGAAGUCCUGCUUUCUUCGGCUGAGCAAUGGCUCACAGAUGGCUCCCUCAAUUUCAAAGGGCCUCUGGCUGGUAUACCUGUCAGCCUAAAGGAUACAGUUGAAGUGGAAGGGUACGACAGCACUGUAGGUAUGAGCACACAUGCUGGGCAGCCCCUUUUGCGUGAUGGAAAUACCGUCAGAAUACUCAAAGACGCUGGGGCUGUCCCGUAUGUCAAGACCAACGUCCCCAUCACACUCCUCAGUUUUGAGUCAUCUAAUGACAUAUGGGGCGUGACAUCAAACCCAUACAACAAAAGCUACACUGCUGGUGGUUCGACAGGAGGUGAAGGUGCCUUGCUGGCAUUGGGAGGCCGAAUUGGAAUUGGAAGCGAUGUUGCUGGAAGUGUUCGCUGCCCCGCUCACUUCUCUGGCUGCUAUGCACUUAAAUGCUCAACAGGAAGAUGGCUUAAGACAGGAGUGGUAACAAGCAUGCCAGGGCAGGAUGGUGUUCCUGCAGUGUACAGUCCCAUGGCGCGUACACUCAACGACCUGACCUAUUUCACUCGAUCAAUCAUCCAGAUGAAACCUUGGACUUAUGACUAUUCUUGUCACCCGUUACCUUGGAGAGCCGAUAUCGAGAAAGAGUUCUCUGAGAAGAGGAACUUACGAGUCGGAAUCCUUCGAACAGACGGCGUCGUGGAUCCCAGUCCCGCUUGCCGAAGAGCACUAGAGAUGACCGAAUCUGCUCUACGAAACGCAGGCCAUGAGAUCGUGGAGAUUGAUCCUCCUUCUCCUUACGAAGCUCUAUGUCUAGCCUCUAUCCUUCUCUGCAGCGACGGCCUCAAGACUGUCAAAUCCUUCUUUCGUUGGGGAGAGUGGAACGAUCGAGGUGCUGCCCAAAUGAUCUUCUAUUUCAGCCUUCCUCGAUCGGUGAAGUACUUGCAUUACCUUUGGGUCAAGUAUAUUCGAGGAGACGCUAUAUGGGCUGGACUCUUGCAGAACUGGCAUCCUCAAUCCGGAUACGAGAUCUGGCAACUCAAUGCUAAGCGCGAGCUUUACAAGAGGAAAUGGUUUGAGUGGUGGGAUAAAUCCGGUAUUGACUGCUUGAUCACCCCUCCCAAUGCUACUCCAGCUGUUCCUCAUAGGGGCAUGCAUGAUGCAUGUAGCAGCUGUGGCUAUACCUUCAUGUUCAACCUGCUCGACUAUACCGCUGGCGUCUUGCCCGUGACACAUGUCGACAAGGCACGGGAUCAAUUGCCAGGAGACUUCAGCCUCAAUGGUCUCAACGGCAUUGCAAAGGGUGCAUACAAACUUUAUGAUGCAAAUGCCAUGCAUGGAUUACCUGUAGGUGUUCAAGUAGUUGGCCGCCGGCUAGAAGAGGAGAAGGUACUGGCAAUUAUGAAGAGAAUCGAGGAGGCCAUGGGUGACAAUACUUUUCCUUUACUAGAUAUAGAUUAG